GAAAUGAAAAAGCUUGUCUAAUUUUACGCUUUUUAUACACCAACAUACCUGUCAGUAACAUAAAUGAAAUAUUUUCAAUGAUUACUAAAAACGGUCGUAGUAAAAGCAUAGUGUGCAACUCGCAUAAUAAUCAGACUUUCAACACUUUUCUUGCAGUUGCAGGUACACAUUUCGUACGCGAUUUUACUGAUUUUAGAACUCAGCGGCACCAAAACUUAAUGACGAUGAUAAAGUUUACAUUUAUCUACCAUUAAUUGGACAAGAAUAAACCUUCAAAAAAUGAUAUACGUGGAUGGGUAUUAUCGAAAUUCGCAGAGGUCAACUGUCCCUCAGUUAUCCUAACAAAACAAGACAAAUUUCGACGCCAAACUGAAGCGAUAAGGCUCAAACAAAAUUCUACAUAAAACUGGCAAGUGAUAAGUUAUAUAAUCAUGCAGUGACAUUGUAUUGUAGUGUGUGAAUUUAGAAAAUGUGUGACGUGCGGACUUUAGUGCACGUGCUUUGUUUGACUAUCACAGCCGUUCAAGUCAGCAAUGGGUUGAGUUUUUCUGUAAAUAACUACACCAGAGUGCGUCGAGAAACAUCUUGCCCUGAAGACUUACCGUUCUCUUUACCUAGUUUUCCUUGCAACUCUGGUGAGUGCGUCGAUGGAAGCAAGGAGUGUGACGGCCACAAAGACUGCGAAGACGGAAGCGACGAAACCGAUGCCUGUAAAGAAAUCGAGUGCGCUUACUUCAUGUUCACUUGCGAUUACGGCGCCUGCAUUAAAAAAGAACUAGAAUGCAACGGAGUUUCCGACUGUGCCGACGGCUCGGACGAAUCCAGAUGUCCAAAAGCCAACAAAAUCGUCAACGACUGCAGCUACAACGAGUUCAGAUGCAGUUCAGGUCAGUGCAUCGACAUAUGGUUGAAGUGUGAUGGUAAAGCAGAUUGUGUUGACCAAACUGACGAAAUUAAAGCCACUUGUUUUGAUGUUGAAUGUCCUGGUACGAAGUACAAGUGUGAAUAUGGAGCCUGCACUGUUAGAAACGCUCAGUGUAAUGGAGUAAUUGACUGUUUCGACGGAUCAGACGAAGCUCCCAGUGUUUGUCAUAAUGCAGCACCAAGACGACCUCCUCCGCCACAGCCUCUACCAACGCCGCGACCUCCUUCAGCAGCACCGAGUAGCUGCGUUUUACCAGCUCAUCCAGGUUCUGGGCACUGGUCAAUUUUUGGGAUAAGGAAUAGACUGUCACCUGGAGCGGUGGUAACCCAAGGGACUAUUCUCAACGUGGAGUGUAACCGGGGUUAUAAAUUGGAUGGUAACAAUGUCUUGUUUUGCAGAGGUGGGGAAUGGUCGGCAAAUGUUGGUCGCUGUCAGAGAGUCUGUCCGGUUCGAAAGAGUACACCAAAUUUAAAUGUUACCUGUGUUUAUAAAAAUAUGGAAACGGAGAACUGCACGGAAGCCAUCAAUGGUACUCUUGUUAAGUUCAAGUGUGCGUCUUUUUAUGAAAAUUUUGAUUUAAAUAGACAAGCGGUGCAUAUAUGUCAGGAUGGUAACUGGGAUCAGACGGAGCCGAAAUGUCAACCAGUCUGUGGCCAAAAAACGGUAGAAGCCACACCCUUAAUUAUCGAAGGAACAAACGUAACCAAAGGGGAGUACCCGUGGCAAGUUGCCAUAUACAGAAAAAGUGACAAUCUUCUCAUAUGUGGCGGAUCACUUUUAAAUCAACGAGUCAUUCUGACAGCUGCGCAUUGCGUAACGAACGAAAAUGCCGAACCCUUACCCGAAGGAGACUACUUCGUGGCCGUGGGGAAAUAUUACAAUAAAUAUGACGACAAACGAGACACCAAAGCACAGUUCUCUAAGCUGCAAUCCAUCCACAUUUCCGAAGAAUACGGAGGCUAUAAACAGAACUAUUUAGGCGACAUUGCCAUUUUGGUCACCGUGAAAGUUUUUACUCUUUCUCGAAGGGUCCAACCUGUCUGCUUAGACAGCGGACUAAAUUUUAAUGUAGCGAAAAACGAGAUUGGCUAUGUGACCGGAUGGGGUUUCACCGUUGAAAAUUCGUCCCCUUCAGAUGUUCUAAAAGAACUCAAAGUUCCUGCGAUUGAUACGUCGCAGUGCAAAUCCGAGCUCCCGGAAGAUUAUGACAUUUAUCUAACACAUGACAAAAUGUGCGCUGGUUAUGUAGAUAAAGGAAUCUCGGUAUGCAAAGGUGAUAGUGGUGGUGGUUUGGUAUUUAAACAUGGUGAUAGAUACUGGAUCACUGGAAUUGUUAGUGUUGCUCCAGUAUCGUCUAAUAAUGUUAACGGAUGCGACAGUUCUCAAUACGGACUUUAUACGAAAGUCUCCAACUAUAUUAAGAGUUUUAUAUUGAAAAUUCUUGCUAAAUAUGAGACUUUUGCGUAAAAUGUGUUAUGCUAAGGCGGCCUAAGCGUGCAGUCCGUCCUGAGUGAUUGCUAAUAAAAUUUUGUAUUGAGUUUACCUAUGUGAGAUGAGGAUUCGUUAUGAACUCAUUUUAAUUUAAUCAUAACUUGAACUAAUACACAAUCAACAUCUUGUAAAUUCUUUAUUGUGUGAAAUUCUUGACAGAGUGUCCCAUAAUUAGAUUCUGCUUCUUUCUUCACGUGAAUGUUUAUCUGCAGUCUCGAAUUUUGCAAGGAGACGCCCUUCGUGCUGCUGUCACUAUGUCGCGUAGUUUGUUUUCACUAAGCUUUGGCUGUUCAUAUUGGAAUUUGCAGCAUAAUUCAGGGUUCUCUUUUCUUAGUGUUUUUAAAUUUAUGAUACGCAAAUAUUUGUAUCGAUAUAGGUAACAUUUGAUUUCAAAAUUUUGUGCACAUAUCUCAUUUUCUCAAAUUAAGUACCUAAGAUAUGAUUAAACAAAAUAUUUAUUACCCCAUUUGAGGUUAAUCCUUUAUCACUUGCGAAAGUAAUCAACAAUUUAGUAUAAAUUUAAUAAUGAUACUUUUAGCAACUAGCGGUCAAACUACUCUCUAAUGGAUAAGUUGACCUUGCAAUGAAAUUUAGUCAAAAAUGUGGUCACAAUGUGCUAAACUAUUGUUAUACUUAUUUAAUAUUACAAUUUGUUAACGUGAAACCCUCUAUUUACAAUUUUUUUUUACAAAAACAACAAAAGAGUAACAAAAAUAAAACGGGAUCAAUCAGUCCAUUACAAUUCUUGAAAAAAGCCAGCUGAUGGACUACAAUAUUGUGCAUUUAAUGAACAGAAUGACCCACUAUAAAAGGGUAUAAUGUCAAGUAGCUAAUAUAAUUUUUACUAUAAACUUUAAUGUGUGUUAUUUAU